AAUAAAUAGUUAAAUAUGUGGCCAGAAAUAAUAUAAAAAAGCAAGCUAUCUCCGUCGACUAUCAGAACGUCCAUAUAGCAACUUCGGAAUGAAAUCUCGACUUCACAUGGCCAUAGUUGAUGUUAUUUCAUUAGCGGUAUGAGUCACAAUGAUACUCAUUCUUAAAACCACAUUUUCAUGACUGCAGCCAUGAUGAAGCGACCCUGGAGGUGGCAUCUACUGCCAAUAGCUCUGUUAUUGAUACAGGUACUGGCUAUACAAGCUCAAGAUAAACAUGAAGGAACCGGAGCGACUACAGAUAUUAGUAGCGCUCCUCCCGCGUCCGAAACCACACUUCCACACGGGCUUGGGCUAAGUCCUGAACGGAAAAAGCAAGAUGCGGAGGCCCAGGGCCAGCCAGCUGUUGAAGCAGCACGAGACAUUCUUCGCUCUCUGAAAGUGCCAGUCAAAAAGCGUGACCGGCCGUCAGGGUUCCUUGGACAUGCAAUAUACUAUGCGAAAGAGGCCUUUUAUAUAUUAUUCAUGAACAGUCCACCCAUAGACAACAACGCACAACCCGCAGGAGAGAAGAAUAAACUAUCCCCUCAGCUCAAGCAGGUGGUAUCGCUACUUCAAGAAGCCGCGGCCCAAAACAACCCAGACGCAAUAUUUCUCCUAGCGGAAAUGAACUUCUACGGCAAUUUUACGCAUCCACGAAAUUAUCCCCGGGCUUUUGAGCUUUAUAAAUCACUUGCGACGCUGGAAGGGAACAGUACCGCGCAGUACAUGGUUGGGUUUAUGUAUGCGACUGGGAUAGGAGGCGCGGUUGAACGGAAUCAGGGAAAAGCCUUGUUAUAUCAUACGUUUGCAGCUAUGGGAGGGAAUAUAAGAUCUCAAAUGACUGUUGCGUUUCGCCGAUAUCUUGGUAUCGGAACACCCCGCAAUUGCGACCAAGCAGCGUAUUACUACAAACAGGUAGCGGACCAAGCAAUGGCUUACUAUAGGUCCGGUCCACCCGGUGGUCAAAUCCUGGCUAGGGAGUCAUAUCGCUGGUCUGAUGAUGAAGGUGGUGUGUACGGUGAAGGCGCAAGCGUCUCGAGCUCUGGUCCGAAUGCCAAUAGGGAUGGCCACCAUUCCAAUUCUGAUUCGAGCCUUGAAGAUGUGUUGGAAUAUUUGGAUCUCUUAUCGAAAAAGGGUGAUGUGAAAGCGACGUUCACCUUGGGGAAGAUGCAUUACGAUGGUUCAAGAAACAUGAAGAAAAACAUGAGAAAAGCGUUGAGAUACUUUGGUUUGGUAGUGAAGAAAUUCUGGACUAACGACGGAAAGAUUAUCUCGAAUCAUCCCGUAGGGAUUGAGAAGACCGCUGCAAAAGCGGCCGCGCAUAUUGGGCUUAUGUUCUUGCGUGGGGAGGGGGUUGAUCAGAAUUUUGCGAAGGCAAUGACUUGGUUCCAGCGGGGAACGGCGCUUGGGGAUCCGAUGUGCCAGCAUUACAUUGGCUUAAUGUAUCUGAAUGGGUAUGGCGUACCUCAUGACGUUAUCAAAGCUGCAUCUUACUUCAAGGCUGCAGCGGAACAAGACUUUCCGGCUUCUGAAACCAGGCUCGGAGCCUUAUUCCUGGACCAAGGCGAUGUAGCCACAGCAACUCGAUACUUUGAAUUGGCCGCGCGAUAUCGUUGGAUCGAAGCGUUCUACUAUCUUGCUGAAAUUGCUGAGCAAGGGGUAGGAAAAGAGCGUCACUGUGGUAUGGCGACAGCGUACUACAAAAUGGUGGCAGAAGAGGCAGAGGUUAUACAUUCCUCGUUCCACGAAGCUAAUACGGCAUAUGAAAAUGGUGAUAAGGAAACCGCACUAGUUGCUUCAAUGAUGGCAGCAGAACAAGGCUACGAGAGCGCCCAGACGAACGUGGCCUACUUGCUAGAUGAGCAGCGGUCGGUUCUCCCCCUUGAUUCUAUUCUGCCCCGGCCCCGGAAUCGCCGGCCAGCUUUACUCCGAAAUGCUGCUUUAGCGCUUAUAUACUGGACUCGUUCCGCAAGGCAAUCGAACAUCGAUUCCCUUGUGAAAAUGGGAGAUUACUAUUUCCACGGCUAUGGCACACCACCCGACCUUGAAAAAGCCUUCACAUGCUAUCAUUCAGCUGCGGAGGGCUAUCACAGUGCCCAGGCGUUUUGGAAUCUGGGUUGGAUGCAUGAAAACGGUUAUGCCACUGAGCAGGAUUUCCAUAUGGCAAAGAGAUUCUACGAUCUAGCCCUUGAAACGAAUGAUGAAGCUUAUCUUCCCGUCAAGCUUAGCCUAAUAAAGCUACGGAUAAGGAGUUUCUGGAAUCGGAUUACCCAUGGAAAGGCUAAUCCUAUCCGAUCAGAACCAGACGCAAAUCGACACCGAUCACUGAAGGAAUGGAUUAAAGCAUUCAACACGUAUAAUGAAGAGGACGAUGAAGUUCUCAACCAGCACAAAUCGAAACACCGAUCCGAUCCCGAUGCGCCGGAUAACAUACUAUCCGAAGACGGCGCCGCCACUGAUAACAGGGGAGAGACCGCCAGACGUAACCAUGACAGUACCUACUACGACGAGCUUGAUAUGGAUAUCGAUGAUGACAUUUUGGAUAGCCUUAUCAUCCUCGCGCUGGCAGCUACUUUGAUGGUUCUUGUGUACGUGCGACAGCGACGGGGGCUACGAGGCCCCGGUCAGGUAGAUGGAAAUGCUGCAGGUGGUGGGGCUGGAGCCGGAAAUGGCGCAGGGCAGCCCGCUAAUAAUCCCGCAGGUCCUGGUGGCGCUGCUGCUGGGGCGCAGAGGGAGGAGGAUAGAGGACUUUUCCCGCCCCCCGGCGAUCCUGAUUUCGCGGCUUGGGUUGCUGGCGGAGUUGGUCAUUAGACUGAAGUCAAACGAAACACCCUGUGGUCCUUUGUAUUUAAAAUUGAUUUAUAUAAAUUCGUCAUUAUCAUCACAAAUAUUAUUGUUAAGUUAUGAACAAGUGGAACA